AUGCUCUGCAAGCUUGCCAGCAGGCAGUCUGAGACCAAGUUUCCCCUCGAUGGUUACGAUAUAACUAAAGUCCCUGAUGAAACCCUGAUUGAACUCUUCAAUACUGCACCAUUGCUCCAUGACAAGUUGACAACUCUAUUUAGAACUGUUGAGAGACCUCGAGUCUCAGAUACUGUUCCACUCUUCUGUUUUGAUAAGUUGAUUCUUACUCAUCAAGAUAUUGCUCUCCAGAAUUUCAUACUAGACCUCAAGAGCGAGACAUUCAAAGAUGAAGUGGCAAUUGUCCCAAAUUAUAUACGCAUUGACAUGGGCAAUGGAUUGAGUGAGGAUGAGCUGUGAAAUGAUAGUUUAUGCCAUGAUGAAGAAUGUUGACUGAGGCAUGAUAAUAACAGAAUAGGGAUUGGCCUUGGACAGCACUUGCACCUUAGAUAUUCUUUAUAUCAACUAAUUUGAAGGUUAGACUGCUGCUUCUUUGCUUCAUAAAAUUCCUUCUCAG